AAUGCGCCUUUUAUGAGUUGUUUCUUCUUCGAUGGUCUCUCUCUCUGUCUCACUCACUUGUAAAGCUUCUUCGCCCAUUUUCAAUUCAAGGGUUUCUCAGUGUGUGUGUGUGAGAGUGAAGAUAAUGGAAGCACUUGUUGUUGAUGCGGGCUCGAAGCUUCUGAAAGCAGGAGCAGCGAUUCCUGAUCAGUCUCCUGCAAUGAUAAUCCCAUCUCAGAUGAAACGAAUGGUUGAUGAUGCGCCUGAGAACCCCACCACUGUUUUUGAAGACGUCACUCUUGAUCCUAUUGAAAGGGGUUUUAUUAGAGACUGGGACGCUAUGGAGGAUCUGCUGCGUUACGUUGUGUACACUGGGCUUGGAUGGGAAGAGGGAAACGAAGGCAAUAUUCUCUUCACAGAUCCACUCUGCACUCCUAAGGCUAUUAGGGAGCAGUUGGUACAGUUGAUGUUUGAAACGUUCAAUGUUUCUGGAUUCUAUGCGUCAGAGCAAGCAGUGUUGUCCCUUUAUGCCGUUGGAAGGAUCUCUGGUUGCACUGUUGAUAUUGGUCAUGGCAAGAUAGAUAUUGCCCCAGUUCUUGAAGGUGCUGUGCAGCACAUUGCCUCGAAACGGUUCGAGCUCGGUGGAACCGACCUGACAAAACUAUUCGCCCAAGAGCUUGGAAAAUCCAACCCUUCUGUGAAUCUCAGCAUGUCUGAUGUUGAAACACUGAAGGAACAGUAUGCAAACUGCGCCGAGGACGAGACUGCUUACGAGAAAACCCAAAACUGUGAAAUCGAGCAGCAUACACUUCCUGAUGGACAGGUGAUAAACAUUGGGAGAGAGAGAUACUCUGUUGGUGAAGCUUUGUUUCAGCCAUCAAUACUGGGACUCGAGGAGCACGGAAUAGUUGAACAGCUUGUCCGGAUUAUCUCCACGGUAUCAUCCGAGAACCAUAGGCAACUCUUGGAGAACACUGUACUUUGUGGUGGUACAACCUCCAUGACAGGAUUCGAAGGAAGGUUUCAGAAAGAAGCAAGCUUGUGCUCAUCUGCCAUUAGGCCAACGCUGGUGAAACCUCCUGAAUAUAUGAGUGAGAAUUUGGGAUUGUACUCGGCUUGGAUAGGAGGAGCAAUACUAGCCAAGGUGGUGUUUCCGCAGAAUCAGCAUGUUACUAAAGCUGACUACGACGAGACUGGGCCAUCCGUAGUUCACAGGAAAUGUUUCUGAUCCUGAAACAACCAAAACGUUUGUACUUCUUGUUGUAGCUGAGGAUUGUUCUUGUUUAUUUUUCUGUGUUUGAACACAUCCCACUAAAUCUAUGUACUUCUAAGCAGCUUACAUGAUUUGAAGAUUUGGACCAUAUUAAGUAC